AAAAGUAAAUAAAUAAAUAAAUAAAACCAAAAUAAAAAAAAUAUAAAUACAUUUCUUGAGAUUGACAAGCAGAUCCCUCCCCCACCGAAAGAAAUUAAUAAAUUCACCAUAUACCCCAUCUGCAUAAAACCCUUAGAGAAUUCACCAUCCUUUUCGGGAUGAUGAUGAUGAUGAUUUAUUACUUUUAAUUUUAUUUAUUUAUUUAUUUUUCAUUUCUUUGGCUUUGCGAGCGGAAAGUAAUUCAAAGAAGGACGUCAACAAGAAGAACCGGGCGAAGAAGAAGAAGGAAAGCACCAAGAAAUUAAGGAAAAAGGAUUGGAAUUAUUACAAACAAAGAGUCUGUCUGGCCUAUAUGCUGGGGGACUCGAGCAGUACAGCUUUGGGCAGCUCCUCCGGCGAUGCUUCGGCCGCAGCGGCAGAAGCACCGCCUACGGAGACUGCCCAUGACGGCGGCGGCAGCGGUGGCGGCGGCGAAGAUGAGAGAAUAAGAGGUGAAGAAUUAGGCGACCGGAGUUUCGGCGGAAACAGGUGGCCUCGGCAGGAAACUAUAUCGCUUUUGAAGAUACGCUCAGAUAUGGAUGUAGCUUUCCGAGAUGCAAGUGUUAAAGGUCCAUUGUGGGAAGAAGUUUCCAGGAAGCUAGCGGAGCUUGGUUAUCAUCGAAGCGCCAAGAAAUGUAAAGAGAAAUUCGAGAACGUGUACAAGUACCACAAGCGAACUAAAGAAGGCCGGUCCGGCAAAGCCGACGGCAAAACCUAUCGGUUUUUCGACCAAUUGCAAGCUCUCGAGAAUCAACCCUCGCCAUACUCAUUACCGCCGCCGCCGCCGCCGCCGCAGCCCGCGGCCGCAGCUGCCACAACGACGCAGCCGAAAGCUCAAGCACCUGCAAUGCAGGCGGCGACGACAACGACGAUAGCAACAGCGACCCCGGCAAUGUCCGUUAGUAUUUCGCCAUUACACAACAGUACUGUUCCAUCAGUAAGUAAUACGACUGCUACUAAUAUAUCUUCUCAAGGCACAAUGAACCUCACAUUCCCAUCACCUCCUUUCCAAGCUGCACCAACAAACCCUACCAUCAAUUUCCCAACUCCACCACCAGUGCAAGGCACCGCUCCGACCCCGACACCGCCGCCGCCAUUCCACAGGAUCUCGGCUGAUCUCAUGUCGGAGUACUCCACGUCAUCGUCGACAUCCUCGGAUGAAGAGCUCGAGGAAGGAGGCGGGAGGAGGAAGAGGAAGAGGAAGUGGAAGGACUUCUUCGAGAGAUUAAUGAAAGAAGUGAUCCAUCGGCAGGAGGAAUUACAGAAAAGGUUCUUGGAAGCCAUUGAGAAGAGAGAACACGACAGAAUGGUGAGGGAAGAGGCAUGGAGAAUGCAAGAGAUGACGAGGAUCAACCGGGAACGCGAGAUUCUCGCGCAGGAGCGGUCCAUGGCCGCCGCAAAAGACGCUGCGGUCAUGGCAUUCUUGCAGAAGAUCUCCGAUCAGCAGAAUAUUCCCAAUAUUUCGAUACCAAACCCGACGCCAACUCCGACUCCGGCUCCUCCUCCUCCUCCUCCGAGUUCAGGUCAAAACAAUACUACUUCUAUUACUCCAGUAAUAUCGAUUCAAACACUGCAGCCGUCAGCACCAGCACCAGCAGUACUAAUACCUGCUCCUACUCCAGUUGCUCCGGUUUCGGUGUCAGCACCGAUGUCGCAAUUAGCGACCAUCGACGUCCCGAAACCGGACAACAACAACAACAAUAAUAAUGCGUUGGCCACGACCACGCCCAUGACGGCGGGGAUGGGCGGUGCGAGUUCAUCGCGGUGGCCGAAGGUGGAGGUACACGCGCUGAUAAAGCUGCGGACGGAUCUGGACGCAAAGUACCAGGACAAUGGGCCGAAAGGGCCGCUUUGGGAGGAGAUAUCGGAGGCGAUGAAGCGGGUGGGUUACAACCGGAGCGCGAAGAGGUGCAAGGAAAAGUGGGAGAACAUAAACAAGUACUUCAAGAAAGUGAAAGAGAGCAACAAGAGAAGGCCUGAGGAUUCCAAGACUUGUCCCUACUUUCACCAGUUGGACGCCUUGUACAGAGAGAAGAGCAUGAAAUUCGACCCCACCAUCAGUUCCACUACCACCACCAACGACAAUAUCAUGAGUACGGCUACUGCUCAUCAUCAUCAUCAGCAUCAGCUUCAUCAGUUCGGGAAGUCCGAGAUCAACGUCGUGCCGCUUAUGGUGCAGCCCGAGCAGCAGUGGCCGCCUCCGCCGCAGCAGCCGGGGAGUUCUAAUCAGCACGAGUCGGCGGAGAGCGAUCAGCCGAUGGACCGGAACGAGGAGGAAGAUGAGGAAGAUGACGACGAGGACGAGGACGAGGACGAUGAAGGCGGAGAUAACUACGAAUUGGUCGCCAACAAGCCGAAUUCUGUGAGUAAUGUUUCAGCUGAGUGAGUGAGAAGAUUGAUAAUGAAGAAGAAGAAGAUGAUGAUGAUUGACGAAGAAAUUGAGUGAGAAGAAUGGCCAAGUCAUAAUUUUCCGGCGGAUCAUAGAACAUGAAGUUGAGGUACUGCUGUAAACGACAUGGAAAAAAAAUUAUACGGCAAAGAUAUUCAAAAAAAAAAUGGAAUACAUGGGUUUGGG